UGCCGCCACUUCGCCGAGAAGGAGCUGGCGCCGGCGGCCGCUCAGCUCGACAGGGAGCACCGCUUCCCGGCCGCGCAGGUGAAGAAGAUGGGUGAGCUGGGGCUGAUGGCCAUGGACGUGCCGGAGCAGUACAAGGGAGCCGGCCUCGACUACCUGGCCUAUUCCAUUGCCGUAGAGGAGAUCAGCAGGGGCUGCGCCUCCACGGGCGUCAUUAUGAGCGUCAAUAACUCUCUUUACUUAGGGCCAAUACUCAAGUUUGGUUCUGAAGAACAGAAGCAGGAGUGGAUUACGCCCUUUACCAGUGGGGAGAAAAUUGGAUGUUUUGCCCUUAGUGAACCAGGAAACGGCAGCGAUGCAGGAGCUGCUUCCACCGUGGCCCGCCUGGACGGUGACGAGUGGGUUCUGAACGGCACCAAGGCCUGGAUCACCAACGCCUGGGACGCGGCUGCCACCGUGGUGUUUGCGACCACCGACAAAGCCCUGAAGCACAAGGGCAUCAGCGCCUUCCUGGUUCCCAUGCCCACUGCAGGCCUCUCGCUGGGCAAGAAGGAAGACAAGCUGGGAAUCCGGGCGUCUUCCACUGCCAGCCUCAUCUUCGAGGACUGCCGGAUCCCCAAGGCCAACCUGCUGGGGCAGCCGGGCAUGGGCUUCAAGAUAGCCAUGCAAGCCCUGGAUGCAGGAAGGAUUGGAAUCGCCUCACAGGCUCUUGGAAUAGCCCAGGCAGCUUUGGAUUGCGCUGUGGAAUAUGCUGAAAAGAGAACGGCCUUCGGGUCGCCCAUCACGAAGCUGCAGGCGGUUCAGGUAGGGCCGGGGCGGGCGCUGCGCUUGCUGACCUGGAGAGCGGCGAUGCUGAAGGACAACGGGAAGCCCUUCACCAAGGAAGCUGCAAUGGCCAAGCUGGCUGCAUCAGAAGCUGCGACAGCCAUUUCUCAUCAGGCCAUCCAGAUCCUGGGCGGGAUGGGCUACGUGACGGAGAUGCCGGCAGAACGGCACUACCGCGACGCCCGCAUCACCGAGAUCUAUGAAGGCACCAGCGAGAUCCAGCGGCUGGUGAUCGCGGGGCAGCUGCUCAAGGCCUAUCGCAGCUGA